AUGGUAAACCGGCGACUGACCACGUGGCUGGAAGAUGAGAAACUACUCGACCCACGCCAAUUCGCUUUCCGGAAGGGAUCCGGUACCGAAGCCCACCUGGGCUCGCUCGGCGAGGUAUUAGACAGAGCAAGGUCCGAAGGCAUCCACGCCGAUAUUGCCAUACUCGACAUAGCAAAAGCUUACAACACAGUCUGGCGCGAAGGCGUCCUUCAACAAUUCCAACGAUGGGGCAUACAGGGGAACCUAGGCGUCUUCAUCCAAAACUUUCUAACCAACCGCCGCUUUCGGGUAUGCAUUGGCGGCACACUCUCCGACGAAUUCCGAGAGGCCAACGGAGUGCCACAAGGAUCAAAUCUAACCGUGACCCUCUUCUUAGUGAGGAUGAAUUCGCUCUUCACCGCGCUACCUGGGGGCGUCUAUGUCUUCGUGUACGCGGACGACAUCAUAUUGGUGGCCCUCGGGAAGACGAUCCCGCGCACAAGAAUAGUCGCCAACGCAGUCGGCCGAUGGGCACUCGCCACUGGAUUCAACAUCGCCGCCACCAAGUGCACCAUUACACACUGCUGCAGCACAUAUCACCCAGCCAACGCUCGUCCAAUCCGCCUCAACGGUACAGUAAUUCCGUUCCGAAAGGAACCGGUCGUCCUCGGGAUCACUCUCGACCGGAAACUGACAAUGAUACCACACUUCCGGCGACUGAAAAAAGACUGCCAGAGCAGAAAUCGAUUAGUCCGGACCAUUUGCGCCCACCACCCCAAAAACAUCCGCCGAGCAGCGCUGAACGUCGGACGAUCUCUUAUCCACAGCAGAAUCUUCUACGGGAUAGAGAUGACUUCCCGGAACCUAGACGGACUCUCCGACAUCCUCGGGCCCUUAAUCCACGGAGCGGUGCGGCUAGCCGCCGGUCUACUACCGAGUACCCCGGCCGAAGCUGCCUGUGCAGAGGCAGGAGUGCUACCCUGCCGCUGGGAAACAGCCAGGGUGGCCUUCAGAAGAGCACUAGGCUUCCUGGAGAAAACUUCGGGCGACGAGUGCCCCCUUCUCACCACCGCCUCCAACCUGCACCAGGAGUUCACCAGCAACGACCUCCCACCCAUCGCUCGUCUACACCGGCUAAUUAACCGAAGAUAUUCACAUCACACUAAAAUCUUUACCAGUGGUUCAAAAGCGAACGACGGUGUAGGAGCGGGGAUCGGCGGCUUGGGGAACGGGCUCUCCUUCCGCCUACCUCCCUCCUCCUCAGUUUUCUCGGCGGAAGCGGCCGCCAUUGCAGUGGGAAUGAUCAAAAGACCCACCGAUACACCGACGGUCAUCUUUACAAACUCGCUCUCGGUCCUGAGGGACGUCGCUAGCGAGAUCUCCAAACAUCGCUUCGUUCAGGCCAUCGAGACACUUCGAGACCCAUUGGUUACCAUCUGCUGGGUUCCGAGUCACAGCGGCAACAAGGGUAACACAGAUGCCGACCGAUUAGCCCUCAUCGGCAGACGAGCCCGGACCCGGCUCCCUAAUGAGACUCCAACCAUUGACAUCGACAGGGAAUUCAACACCAGCUUGCAGAACGGAUUCACCAACCACUGGCGGAGUUCUCGAAAUCACAUCCAAAAAAUCAAAGGCUCAGCCGACACCUGGACCGACCGAAACAGCCAGAGGGAACAAAAAAUACUCUCCCGACACCGCGUGGGGCAGACACGAGUAACCCACGCACACACCGUGUCCACUGAGCCCGUCCCAAAAUAUUCCUACUGCAACACCAGGCUCACCGUCGAACACCUGCUGUGCAACUGCCGAGAACUGGAGGACCUACGGCGUCAGUACGGCCUGACUGGUCCGAUACGGGACACCCUAUCCAACGACCCGUUCAUUGCUCAACUUCGUACGGAUUCCAAGAGUACCGAGAAGCGUUCCCUUCAGCAGCUGGGUUGCGCUUUCCUGGCCAUUGGUUCUGCUCGGCGCAGGCCAAAACUAGAGUGGGCGAUGGAAGGCGAUCCGCCUCCCCCAGGGGAGGGCCCACCGCUUAGUUACUCCAUACCAGCCUUUAUGACCUCAGGUGAUUUGAUCGACCAGCAGACUCUACUGCUGCGUGCGGCGAAGGACAGUGAAGGUAACAGUGUAAAUUUACCAAACCCACUGCUGUUACAGCUACUACUGAAAGAAGCAAUUGGGUCUGAUCCUAAUAAGUGCAUCCAUGCUACCAAGGAGGCAAGAGGAACGCAGUACAUUCUGCGCACUACAUCCAAAAGGAUACUCCAAAAAUUGCUCAACAUUAAACAGUUCUCCAACGGUCAACAGGUCGAGCAACACCACAAAAGCCUACCCACACCGACCCCGUCCGGGGAAGUACCGGCCCUCACCGACGAGCCCCCGGCGGCUGUCGGUGUGGGACCAUCGGUACCUUUCCGGCAUCAAGCGACACACACCAAACGGAAGAACCGGUUGCCUCCGUUCCCCCGGGCUACCGCGGGCAAUUGUGUAAGCGGACCGCCCGCCAUACACAAACUAUACUUCAAGAACCAACCCAACCGAUAA